AUGCCGGCUGGCGCAAUCACCAUGAUCGGGUUUACAACUAUACCCCCAUACGCGCCCCCGGCGCCGCCCAGCCCCCCGUCAAGUGUUGACAUCUACUCCUUCCAGACCGGCUUGUCCACGUACUACAUGUACACGGAACCCGCUAGCUGGAUCACCGCACAGGAGGUCUGUAGCUCCUAUAAGAUGUCCCUGGCGGCCUGGCCCAGCGGCAACCAGGAGCUGUACAACAUAUUCGACCAGGCUUGGAACCUGUACUACAUGCCGGAGUUCUGGGUGGGCGUGGUCCGCCGCAACAACGACACCGCGUACAGGUUCGUUGACGGCGGUGUGGUGCCCGCCAUCGACGGUGUGGACAUCGACAGCUACGUGCAGGUGCUGGACCCCAGCUGUGUGCAGAGCGCACGGGGCUGCUGCGCCUCGAUGACGGAUCGCAUGGUGGGGCCGUUCCAAGGGAUGCUGCAGACGGAGCGAGGGCCCAAGCUGCUGGUGCGCAACUGCCUAACCAUCCCCCUGGCAGCCCGCAUGGAGCUGCGCUUCCUGCUCGACUUCCUCGCGCUGACCAGCCAGCCGGGCAGGCCGGCGCUGUUCCAGAGCGCGGUGGCGGCGAAGGUGGCCGCCUAUUACCGGAACAUCAGCGACACGCAGGUGAGCCCGUAUGAGCUGUUCCAGGACACCGCCACCGACGGCGCCACUGUGGUCCGCAUGCUGGUGAGCCUGCCGGGUGCGGUGGAUGCCAACUCCGCCGCCACCUACCUCUUCACGCUGGUCAACACGCCGUCUAUCAUCUUUGAUAACGCCUUCCGUGCGGAAUUCCUCAUCAGCACACCCAUCCUGUCCACUCUGGUUCAGGUGGUAGAGGUCAAUAAGCUGACACCGCCGAGCCUGGAGCAGCUGGCGAUUGACGAAAGCAAGGACCGCACACAGACUAUGGCGCUGGGCGCAGGGCUGGGCGUGGGUCUGGGCAUUGCUGUGCUGCUGGGCGCCGCCGCAGCUUAUGUGGUCUACUCACGGCGCAAAGCCGCGCUGCGCGCUGUACAUGAAAUUCAUUAA